AUGCUUGUUCCAGCUGGCUACAAAGACUACAAAGUCGAUAAGAGCUUCAAUUCCGUAGACAAGUUUUUUUACUCAAAACCCCUGGAAUUAUGGAACGAUUUCGAUGCUUUUGCGAAAGAGGUUGCAGGUACAUGCUCCACACCCGACACUAUAUUCAAACUGUACUGCAGUUCUCUGAAAACCCUAAGACAUUCGACACGGAUUCCAAAGAGCGUUCGCGACUAUGCUGGUGCAUUACAUGAUUUAAUUAGAUCAACAAAAAGAGUGCGCGUGUUUGAGCAGGCAAGGCUUGCAAUUGCGACUGCAUGUGAGAAGUCGAGAACGGCUGCAGCACAGGCAUCAACGACUGGCAUACUGAAAAGGUCAACCUACGCAGCAAUGGCAGAAUUCGGGAUUGAAUAUACCAGAUCAAUCAAAAAGUCGCGAACUAGUACAAGGCCAGAGGAAGAGGAUCCUGUAGAGACGAAGAAUUCAGAAGAGCCAGAAAACUUGAGAGAGACACGAGCAGUGGAAACAGCAGAUCCAGAGGUGGAACUGACAGAAGACGAAGAUGAUCUAGAUGUGUUAUGGGAACCGGAAUCUCCAUUUAUUGACAAACUUCGAAAAAUUCUCCGGGACAUGUCAAAAUCAAAUAAUUAUUUUGAUAAGAAACUGGCUCAGAAUGGAAUAAUCCGCUUAUCAUCUCGAAAAGAAGACGAACCAUCACAAAUGAAGAAUGAAGUGAAAAAGAGACUAACAGAUGACGAAAUUAAUUCACUCAAAAGUAUGCUGCAGAUGUCUGGCGUGGAUGCGUUGGAUGGUUGUGUGGACUUAUCAGCGAGAACGUUACCUGAAAUGAGGCAACGACUUGAUAACUGUGGGACACCGACAAGUGAACAGUGUCGCGCAGUGAGAGUUCUCCAGGACCUGUUUGUUACCGGUCUAGAAGGCAAAGCCGACUUGCUGCUUCCAAUGCCAGAGCGAACGUGGACGGUCAAAUACAUUGCACCCUUAUUCGAACGUUGUCUUGGAGAUGCACAUCAUCUGGCGUCCUUCUGGUGUGAAAAGGGGGAUGUAGACGUUGUCAAAAGUCGCGAAAAAGAGCAUAACUUAUGGGAUGGCGUAUUCUGCGACGUGGAGGAAAUGAAGAAACCACAUAUGCUUCUUAUUGAAGUCUCGGGAGGGACGGAUGGUGUUUCGAAAAAGAAGGCAGAAGGCGAUUUAUUAAAAUUAGCGAACGGAAUGAAGCGUCAUCUCAUUAGAGUUGGAUGCUGUAUAAGAGGUAUUGACAUAACACGUUGUAGGGAACUUCGGGUUGCUGGGGUUCACAUAAUAGCCAAUGUAGUAUAUUUUCAGGCCAUGAUGAUGAUUGGAAAGGGGGUCUUUAUAAUGUGGGAAUGGAGCAGUAAGAAGAUACCCCGUUCGAUCCAGGAUAUGUGGAGCCUGCCAAGCACAUUGGGUUCAAUAUAUACAUUAAAGGCAUUGCUUAUGAGAACGAAAUCUAUUAUCGUCGAUUCAAAGUAUACAGAGUCAAAGACUUAUGAGUUGGAUCAUUCGACCGGACUCUCGUCUCCCGCACGUGAGACUGAUACCCCUUGGGAGUCUUACUUUGACCUAUGA